AUCCGAUGAUGAACUUUUAAGACAUCAACCCGAAGGCAUUGGUGGCUCAAAUUUCCUUUCAAAAUCUGGAUUUGAAGAAAAUUCCAAAAGUUGUCCUGAUGAUAAGAACGUAGUAGAUAAGUCAGAGGAAUGUGUAUACAAUAUUGACAGAUCUGGAUUGAUUACUGGGUGUAGAUCUGGGGCGCACCUUCAGAACUGUGGUAAUAUGACAUGUCCGAAAGGCAAGGUUCAAUGCCCAGACAGUUACUGUAUACCUCUUAUGUUUUUAUGUGAUGGUACUGCACAUUGUCCUAACGCAGAAGAUGAAAUUGAUUGUGGAUGUGACGACUCAGAAAGAGAGGUUCUUAUUGUAUUUGAAAAGGGCGAUGUAAGAGGACCAGAUCUUGAAAUGUUGGUCAAACAACUACACUCACCUAAAAGUAUAAUACGAAGUAUCAAAUAUUCAUCGUACGUACUAUCUGAGGGAAUUGCUUUUACACAUCGCAUGCUUAAUAUACUGGACAAGGAACUGAAACCUUUUGAAUUUAUUGACAGAAAUUACGAGUGUGAAUACAAAAUUUUAGCUAACGACUUCUUGGCAUCAAUACCAUUUACACAAAAUUUUGAAAGGACGAUCUUAUACAUUCAGAGUAGCCCAAUGUCUGAGAAGAUAGGUGAAUUAAUGUUUGGAAACAUAACUGAGAAUCCUAACAUCACCAUUUAUCGUAUUAUGGAAUUGUCUGAUGUUAUUGAAAAAAAUGAAUUCAAUUUUGUUAUUGAUGUGCGAGUCAGUCAUUGGAAAAUCUUUUCUUCAUUAGCAUCACGGUAUCUACCAGGACUAUGUAAAGAGAAGUUUUCGACAGCAUGUGAAGGUUAUUACAAAUGUUCAUCAAGCAAAAUGUGUCUAAAUCUAGAUCAAGUUUGUGAUGGGGUCCGGGAUUGUAUUUAUGGUGAUGACGAGUUUCUUUGUGAUUUCAUCUGCCCCAAGCAGUGUACAUGUGAAGGGUUUGCAGCAAGAUGCACAACUUUCAAUGACACUGAAAUAACUUCAUAUCCAAAACAAUUACGGUCGUUAGCCCUCCAGGAAAAUAGAGAAACGAAGAACAUAUUGAGUAAAGAUAUUCUACAUUUCCAGUUUUUGUAUAUAUUAAAUGUUAGCAAUUGCAAAAUUGCCCAAAUACAACCGAAUGCAUUCUCGAAACUAAUUAACUUACGAGUUCUUGACCUAAGCAACAAUUUGAUAACAACGUUAUUUCCGUCUGUAUUUAGUGGAUUACAACGUUUGACUAUGUUGAAACUUGAUGGAAAUAGUCACCUGUCUGCAUUAGAAUCAUACACAUUCCAGUUCCUAAAGUCUGUAAGACACCUGCGAAUAUCAUCAACUAAGAUUAAAACCAUUGCCUCAAAUACAUUUGCUGGCUUAAAUCUUGAUUUGCUUGAAAUUCAUUGGCAACUAUUUUGAAAACAUUGAAGAGUUUGGGCUUGGAAAUCUCGCUGUGGAACAGAUUUCUUUCAAAAUUAAUAAAAUUGCUUCUUUUGACAAAGGAAUGUUUACAGGGGUCUCAUCACUAAAGAUUUUACAUACACCAGCCUAUAAAUAUUGCUGUGUCAGACCAAAUCAUGUACCGGAAGGUAAUUGCUUUCCUCAAAAGGAUGAGUUCUCCUCGUGUGAAGACUUGAUGAGAAUAUCAGUGUUACAGACGAUGCUUUGGUUGAUUGGUCUUUGUGCGUUGCUAGGAAACAUUUUGUCAUUUAUUUAUCGUCUGCAGUUCGACAGAGAGCGGUUGAAGCUAGGAUAUGGUAUUUUUGUUACUAACUUAGCAGUAGCUGACUUUCUAAUGGGUAUAUACUUAAUAAUGAUAGCUGUGGCGGAUGCUUUAUUCCGAAAUCGAUAUAUCUUUAUGGAUGACUAUUGGCGAAACAGCACGUGGUGUACUCUCGCUGGCGUUCUUUCUACCUUGUCGUCAGAAGCAAGCGUUGUAUUUCUCUGUUUAAUAACACUAGACAGACUUCUGGUCAUCAAAUAUCCGUUUGGACAAGUUCG